UUUAAAGCUAUAGCUAUACAUCAAAACAUCAGUGUUACGAGUGUGUGAAUUAAUUUUUUGUAUUAUUUUUUGUUUGGAGCAAAUAAUAUGAAUACAAAAGAAAAAGAAAAAUAUAUCGAAGAAUUUGAUUUUCCUCAUUGCGAUGAAUCUUCUAAAUAUGAAAAAGUUGCGAAAAUUGGUCAGGGUACUUUCGGAGAAGUAUUCAAAGCAAGGGAUAAAAAAACUAAUAAAAAAUUCGUAGCAAUGAAAAAAGUUUUGAUGGAUAAUGAGAAAGAAGGGUUUCCUAUAACUGCACUAAGAGAAAUAAGAAUAUUACAAUUAUUGAAACAUGAAAAUGUAGUGAAUCUUAUAGAAAUUUGUAGAACAAGAGGAACUUUUGCAGCGACACAGUACAAUAGAUAUCGGUCUACUUUCUACCUCGUAUUUGAUUUUUGCGAACAUGAUCUUGCUGGUUUGUUAUCCAAUGUAAAUGUAAAAUUUAGUUUAGGAGAAAUUAAAAAGGUCAUGCAGCAAUUGUUAAAUGGCUUGUAUUAUAUUCAUAGUAAUAAGAUUUUACAUAGAGAUAUGAAGGCUGCGAAUGUUUUAAUUACAAAAAAUGGCAUAUUGAAACUGGCCGAUUUUGGUUUAGCAAGAGCAUUUAGCGCUAAUAAGAAUGGUCAACCAAAUCGUUACACAAACAGAGUUGUGACUCUUUGGUACAGGCCUCCGGAGUUAUUAUUAGGGGAUAGAAAUUAUGGUCCACCAGUAGAUUUAUGGGGUGCAGGAUGUAUAAUGGCUGAAAUGUGGACAAGAUCGCCUAUAAUGCAAGGUAAUACAGAACAACAACAAUUAAUAUUAAUUUCACAAUUAUGUGGUUCUAUAACGACUGAAGUUUGGCCAGGAGUAGAACGUUUAGAAUUAUUUAAUAAAAUGGAUUUACCCAAGGGCCAGAAAAGAAAAGUUAAAGAUAGACUGAAGCCAUAUUUAAAAGAUCCCUAUGCCUGUGACUUAUUGGAUAAACUUCUUAUCCUUGAUCCUAGUAAAAGAUACGAUUCUGAUUCUGCUUUAAAUCAUGACUUUUUCUGGACUGAUCCAAUGCCUUGUGAUCUCAGUAAAAUGUUAGCACAACAUACACAAAGUAUGUUUGAAUAUCUAGCACCACCAAGACGACCAGGUCAUAUGCGACAUCCUCAUCAUCAAGUACCAGGUGGUCCGACAAAACCUAGUUCAAGUAUGGCCGAUAGUGGAUAUCAAGAUCGAGUUUUCUAAAUAAAUUAAUAAGAGUAGCACAUGUAAUAAUGAAUGCGUCCCAUAGCAUUUUUAUUUUUUAGUCUUUUUUAUAAGAAUAUAAUAUAUUUAAUAUCAUUCAUUAUGGCCCAAUAAGCCAAGAAAGAGGACUUGAUAUUACAAAAUACAAACAUAAAAACUAUUAAUCUUAUAACUCAUAAAUUAGUUACAGUCUUUUUUAACUUAAAAUAAACUUAAUCUAAUUUCGUUUAAUACAAUGUUCCUAAAAGGAACUCUUUGGUCGUUUUAAGCAUACUUUAAACUUUAAAGUACGCAUGAUACUUUAUAUCUUGUGAUAUGGUUUGGUAGUUUAUAUUUUAUUCCAGUGAUUCUAUUUCUACCAUACUUUUCUUUCAGUAUUGUUUUUAAUUUCUUCUCUUUGUUCAAUUGCUGUUCUACUCUUAUUUGACUGUAACCACAUUCUUCAACGUGUGCCAGCCAUCGUUUCAACUUUUUCUUUUCCCAUAUAUAUAUAAAUAUUUUAACUUUCUCAAUAUCAUUUUCUGUCUAAUAAUUUUUGAUCUUUUGUCGUACAAUUUCAAUUUUUUCCUUUCGAAUCUCUCGUCGUUUCUUUUAUACACGCUAUUUGUUUUUUCUUAUUUUUUCCUUAAUAAUUCUUCUAAAUCUACAAUCAGUAUUGUAAAAAGAUUUGGUCUCAUGCUUCCUUGCAAAACUUCUUCAUUUAUUUAGAAUUUUUCUGACUUUUCUCUUAAACUAUUUUUAUCUUCUCUCUUAUUUCUGCCUUUCCGUUUAACUUUCUCAGCACUUCCCUGUUUACUGUAUUAAAUGGUGUUCUUAAAUCUAUAAGGAAUGCCAUUAAUUCUCUCUUUCUUUAUUUCAUUUCUUUUCUAAUAUAUGCUGUUAGAUCUAUAAGUUUUCUAUUAUACUUCUGUUUUUCCUGAAUCCUGUUUGUGUCUCUAGCAGUAUCUUUUUCUUUUUUAUUUCCUCAUUUAUCCUGUCAUUUAAUACCAUUGUAUAUAUAUUUUAUACCCUCUGUUUAGAAUCGUUACCUCUCUAUAAUUGUUGAUUUCAUUAUAAGGAUAUAAUGUAUAAUAACUUAUACAAAUAUGUAACAUAUGUAUACAUGUCAGCGAUACCACUAUGUGUUUUUCAAGUGAAAUUAUGAAUAAAAUUUAAUUGUUUAGGUUAUAAAAGUGUUACAUGAAACUGAGCGUGAAAGAAUUGUGUAAAUUUUGUGUGUGUGUGUGUGUGUGUGUAUACGUAUGCGUGAGCACGUGCAUAUAAAUUUGUUAUCUUUUGUACGUAAUUAUGAUCUGAUAAAUGCAUUAUUCUUUGUAUUUAUAUAUAUAUAUAUAUAUAUA